AUGGCAUCAAAUGAUAAUAAUCUUCCUGAUGAUCCGAUGUCUUUUGAAAAAGUCACUAAUUGGGCACGUUCAAAUCGUGAAUGGGAUAAAGUCUAUCAAUAUAUUCUCUUCCAUCCAAAUGAUUUUUUUGCUAUAUUACCCGGACGUCGGUAUGCUAUUGCUCAUCAAGUUGUUUAUAAUGGUAAUGUUGAUAUGUUAAAAAGUCUUCUUGUCCUUUUCUCUAAUAAUCCAAUUAAUAUUCAUUCAAGAACAAACGAUGGUAAAACUCUAUUUGAUAUUGCUGCAGAACGACAAUCUAAAAAUCCAGCAAUGUAUACAUAUAUUCAUCAUUUAUAUGAACAGGAUAGAUUAAUAAAAGAGGCAAAAAAUAAAAAUUGGCGUUUGAUUAUGAGUAUACUUACUAGAAAUAAAAUAUUGGUUAAUGAAAAACCACCCUAUUCACCUUAUUUUCUUCUACAUUAUGUUGUAGAGAAUGGUGAUGCACGAGUUUUACAAGAAUUACUUGAUAGUUUUGAUUUUCAACUAGAUCUUUUCAACAGUGACAAAGAAACUCCUUUAGACAUGGCGAAAAGACUUCAGAAGCAAGAUAUGUGUUCCAUAUUUCAAUCAAAAAUAGCAAAUCAAUCCUAUCCUCAUAAAAAACAACGACAACCAUCAUUAGAACAAAGUUCAUAUCAACCAGAUGUUUCCACAACUGAAUCCAACAAUAGUAAAGACGAUGUCCAACGAAAUAGUCGUAAUACAAAUGAAACACAAUCUAUUAUAAAUUCCGCUCAUGAUCAACCACAACGACAAGCACGAACAGAAAAAAUUAAACAUUAUCAUACAACUAAAUCGAUUAUCAGUGUCAGUACUUCAUUUGAUUCAGAUCCACCAUCGUCACCAUUGCCAACUACAGGUUCAUCCUUCUCCGAUGAACAAAUGACGCCAAGUUUGAUAUGUCCAUUGUCUGAACAACAAUUUGUUGAUCCAGUUAUUGCUAGUGAUGGUUAUACAUAUGAACGAGCAGCUAUUAUUGACUGGAUUAAUACAUAUCAUAGUUCACCAACCACUGGUGAAGUAAUGAGUGCAACAUUUAGAGAUAAUACUGAAAUUAAAAAAAUUAUUCAGUCAAAACGAUAA